AUGACUAGUGCAAAAGGCAGCCCUACUCCUAUGAUUUCCAGUUGUGAGCUUAGCAAGAACAUUGGUGAACCUAUUUCUGAUGCUAAGCUUUACAGAAGCAUUGUAGGUGCUCUUCAAUAUGCAGCCAUCACUAGGCCAGAUAUCAAUUAUGCUGUCAACAAGGUGAGUCAAUACAUGGCCUCACCUCUUGAUACUCAUUGGAGAGCUGUUAAACGCAUUCUGAGAUAUCUAUCAGACACUUUAGACUUUGGGAUUCAAAUUCAUAGAUCAAAUGGCAUUUUAUCUGUUUUUUCUGAUUCUGAUUGGGCAGCAGACUUGGAUGAUAGGAGGUCUACUGCUGGCUUUUGUACUUAUUUUGGUAACAACCUCAUUUCAUGGUGUGUGAAGAAACAAACGGUUGUGGCUAGGUCUAGUACUGAGGCUGAGUACAGAAGUCUAGCUCAUGCUGCAGCUGAGGUUACUUGGCUUAGUUCAUGA